AUGGGAACAUCUAAGUCCUUAAUUGAUGAUUUUAAAUCUUGCAUGAUGAGCACAUUUGAGAUGAUAGAUUUAGGGUUGUUAAAAUAUUUUCUUGGGCUUGAAGUGCUGCAAAGAAAAGAUGGAAUUUUUGUAUGUCAAAAGAAGUAUGCUACGGACCUGCUCAAAAAGUUCAAUGUGACUGGUGGUAAAGUAUCAACAACACCAAUGAACAUCAAUGAGAAGCUACAACAUGAAGAUGGAUCCAAUAAAACAAACUCAAGUGUGUUUAGAAGUCUAGUUGGUGGUCUGAACUACCUGACACAUAGUAGACCGGACAUUUCUUUUCCUGUUAGCGUAGUAUCAAGGUUUCUUCACAACCCUACAAAAUUGCAUCUUGGUGCAGCCAAGAGGAUUCUUCAUUAUGUAGCAGGUACCAAGAAUUAUAGCAUCUGGUAUUCAAGAGUUUCUGAAUUUAGGCUGGUUGGCUUUAGCGAUAGUGAUUGGGCUGGGUGCGUAGAUGAUCGCAAAAGCACAUCAGGCAAUGUUUUCAGCUUUGGUUCCGGAGCUGUAACAUGGAGUUCUAAGAAGCAAGAUACAGUGGCUCUAUCGUCAUCAGAAGCUGAGUACAUAGCAGCAAACGCAGCAGCUCGACAAGCCUUAUGGCUGCGAAAAGUUCUUAUUGAUUUGUGUGUUGAGUAA